AUGGUGUCCUUUGAUGCGGUCUCAUUAUUCACAUCCAUCCCACCGGACCUGGCACGCGACGUUCUUCGCAAACGACUCGAAGAGAACUACGGGGAAACAAACAGACCCCUAAAAAUCGACCACUUGCUGCAACUUUUUGAUUUCUGCCAACAAACCUUUUUCACUUUCAAUGUCAGAAGAUACGAGCAGAUCAAAGGAGCGCGGAUGGGUUCGCCAAUAUUCAACCUAUUUGCAGAUCUAGUCCUGCAGGAGUUAAAAAAAGUCGCCUUCGACCACUAUGAAACUGCAUUUGGGCGCCGGUACGUGGACGAUACCAUCGUUGUAAUUGAAAGGAGCAGACUGGUCGGCUCUCAGAACCUGCAUAACGGCAUCUUCCCGGACAUUCAGUUCACAAGGGAAGGAGAGCUUGCCGAACAGCUGCCUUUCCUUGACGUUCUCGUCACAUGA